AUGCUGCACGUCGGCUGCACCCCACAUGUUGGGCAUGCUAUCAUUAUCUUCAUCUGUAUCUGUCAAACACAAGUGACUAUUAUCUUCGUUAUCACUGGCCCCUCGGCAGAUUACAGCCAGUCCCUGCUCCAAUUUGCCGAAGCCAAGAGUGGAGAUGUGGAUAUCAAACAGCCCCAGUCCUCGUGUUUAGGUUGGACAUUUGCCGAGCUCGGGGCGGACAUUGGUGGAUUUGCCGACGAAGCCCUACUUUCAUAUUUAUCCAGUGGCGCGGCUGUUCCAUGGGGCGAAUCGUUACACUUUUACCGGCCAUUAAAGCCAGAUACCAUGGAAAAGCAACAGGAGGUCCCCCCCGGGACAACACCCGAGAUAGAUGACCUGAAGCUUGGGCCUGAGACGUCAGUUGCCAAAGAUGUCGACCUAGGACAGAUGCUGGGGAUGGAUAUCACCCCACAACAGGAGAGAAAAGUGCUGCUCAAGCUAGACUUGAUAUUGAUCCCCUUAAUGGGUAUUUGCUAUAUGAUGCAGUAUAUGGACAAAUUGGCUUUGAGUCAAGCAACUAUGUUCAACUUAAGACAAGACUUAAAUCUACAAGGAACACAGUACUCUUGGUCCUCCGCGGUCUUCUAUUUCGGAUAUUUCGCGUGGAGUUGGCCCAGCUCCUACCUUAUUGUCCGACUUCCCAUAGCCAAAUAUCUUAGCGCCUCGGUGCUGGUCUGGGGAGGAGUUCUUAUGUGCCACGCCGCGGCCAAAAGCUUUGGCGGUUUAAUGGCGGCGCGCUUCUUUUUGGGCGUUGGAGAAGCUGCUAUCGCCCCUGGGUUUGCUUUAAUUAUUGGAAUGUACUAUAAGCGAGAGGAACAGCCUGCACGACAAGCUGCAUGGUUUUUUGGCAACUGUGUUUCGACCGUCAUCGGCGGUGUCGUUGCUUAUGGAAUUGGCACGAUCAAGGUUAAUGCCAUUUCGAGUUGGCAGCUUCUCUUCCUCUUCUUAGGUGCCAUCACUGCCGCCAUAUCGGUCUUCCUCGUUAUCCUCCUACCCGAUUCCCCCCAGAAAGCGAUAUUCUUAACCAAAACCGAGCGUACGAUCGCUGUGCAGCGGACUCUCAAGAACAAGACUGGUGUAAUGGAUGGUGGAGAGUUCAAAUGGAACCAGGCUUGGCUUGCCAUUCGUGAUCCACAAACAUGGUUUCUUGUCUUGUACACAUUCUCCGUCAAUCUGUGCAACGGAGGUAUCACUAGUUUCUCUUCAAUCAUUAUCAGCGGCUUCGGCUUCUCACAGAUCAAGUCUCUUCUGAUGCAGAUGCCUCUUGGUGCCGCCCAAAUCGUCUUCUUGGUCAUCACUGCCGGCGUCGCCACCGUCAUUCCUAAUACUCGAAUUCUCAUGAUGAUCUUCAAUACAACUAUGUCUUUGGUUGGCAUGGUCCUAGUCUGGAAGUUGGAUGAGGAUAACCAAAAAGGUCGAUUGACUGGGUUGGCCCUGGGGGCCGUCUUUGCGGUUAACAUUCCCCUGGCGCUUAGCAUCAUCAGUUCCAACGUGGCUGGGUUCACUAAGCGAAGCACGACGAGUGCCUUGAUGUUUGCAGCCUACUGCGUAGGAAACAUUAUUGGGCCCCAGUUCUUCCUUGCUUCUGAGGAGCCUCAUUAUCCUACCGGUAUGAAGGGUGCUAUUUCUGGUCUCGCACUGGGGGCUUUUUUCCUGAUCUGCCUGUUCGUUUACUAUAUCGUGGAGAAUAAACGUCGCGACUCGGCGUAUGGUCCUCCAACCCAGUUAACGGAGGAAGAGGAGCGGAUGCAAGGGCUAUCAAACAAGACGGACCUUGAAAUUGAAAGCUUCCUGGGCCUCGCAUACUCGGGCUAUUCGACACGGUUCAAUAGCCUGGCUUCAUUCUACCCAGGCCUCCUAGCAGUAGCUGUCUGUUCUAUCCAAUGGUGGAUGCUCGGAUACUCACUGGCCUACGGCGAGGGCAACAGUGUAUUCGGCGGCUUCAGUAAAAUCUUCCAUAUCGGCGUCCUCGCUGACCCGGUCGGAUCGAUCCCAGAGAUCCUGUUCUCUGAAUUCCAACUGAUCUUCUGUGCGACUGUCUGCGCAAUUGCCAUCGGCGGAGCCUGCGAGCGCGGAAGGCUUCUUCCACUAAUUCCAUUCAUCUUCCUCUGGUGCACCUUCGUCUACACGCCGUUAGCCCACAUGGUCUGGGCAGAGAACGGCUUCCUGGCUAAUCUCGGCGCCCUGGACUUCGCCGGCGGCACGCCCGUCCACAUUUGCAGCGGUGCAACAGCAACAGCCAUGAGCUUAUAUCUCUCCUACCCUCUCUUCCGCUCCAAACGAUCCCCGAUCCGUACACCCCAGCACCUCGUCCUUCACAAACCCCACAACACCCUCUGCCAGCUGCUCGCCCUCAUCAUCAUCUGGAACGCCUGGCUCGCCUUCGACGCCGGCACCACCCUGGCCCUCAACUUCAAAUCGGUCAUGGCCGCCUGCGUGACCAACCUCUGCGCCGCCUCGGGUGCCCUCACCUGGGCUAGCCUCACCUACUACGAAACCGGGAAAUGGAGCCUAGACAGCACCUUUCUCGGCGCGAUCGCGGGGCUUGUCCUCAUCACACCCAGCGCAGGGUUCAUUGACAUGACCACAGCCUUCGGGUUCGGGGUUCUCGGCGCCUGUCUCGGCCGGCAGGCACUGCGCCUCAAGUUCACGAAGCGGGCUGCGCGGUGGCGGUGGGUCGAUAACGGGGAUACGUUUGCGACGCAUUGUCUCGGCGGGUUUCUGGGAACCAUUGUGACGGGGCUAUUUGCCAGACGGGAGGUUGCGGCCUAUGACGGGUCGACGGUUAUUAAAGGAGGUGUAGUGUUUGACGGGCAUUGGGGACAGCUCUGGAUCCAGAUUGUAGAGGCUGUUAUAGGGUUUGUGUGGAGCUUUGGUUGGAGUUAUACGCUGUAUGCUCUGGUGGAUUGUGUUCCUGGGUUUGAGGUGUUGGGGACGGAUGAGUAA